AUGGAGAAUUCCGCAUUAAUAAACGCCAAAAAUGUUUUUUUUUACACAAGGGAUAAAAAAAGCGUAAGGGAACAGAACAUCAGCUCUUGGGUACCUGAACUUCCGGCUUUCGAACAUGGAAUUAUGGAAGGACGCGUAGUUAUUGGACACCAGCUUUGGACGUCUAAAGUUCCAGAUUCCGGACAUGAAAGUCAGGCCGAACCGCAACUUGGAUUUCCUCAAGGAAUAUCAAGUCAAGCUGAAUCGACCCCAUCGAAUUCGACAACUGGAAAUAGCGAUGAGGAGAGUAAGAACAAUGCCUGCAAUCCUAUGGUGCUAUCUGAAUGUUCAACAAGAAUCCGAGCACUGUCAUCACAAUUGGGGUCAUUGCUCCGAGUCAAUACCCCUGAGGGCAAUGUACGGGCAGAGAAAAAGCUUUGUCACCUUGUACUUCCGAAAGAUCGAAUUAAAAUAUGGAAGAAUAAGGCUGAUUCUUCCGUGUGCCAAGUGUUACUGGGUGAUGAAAUCAAUGGAGUACAUGGGUGUCGCACGCGCAAAAAAAAAAAUAUUAAUAUAACUGAAUUGAAAAAGUGGUUAGAAGUCGGUAAACCAUUUGAAGAAGACGACGAAAUUUUAGCAUUCAAAAAAGCUAAGGAAACAGAAGCUCGUAAGAAUGGUAAAUCAGUUGGGGAGAUUAUUAAGACCAGAUCAGCUGGAACCAGAGGAAAUAAUACUAUCAAUGAAGGGAAAUAUACGCCAGUAGAGAUGCUUCAUCCGGGAAGGGAGUCUAAAAUCCAUCUUUGA